UUGUUCUGAAGACUGUGCCGUCUCUCGCUAUUGUGCUUUCGAUAUUUUCUUUUCCUUUCUCUCGCCUUAUCUCUCCCUGUACACUCUAACUGCAGAAGUUUCAUCAAACCCUCAGUCUUUGAAGUCGUUGAUUUAGGACAUGUCUGCGCCGAAACCAAACUGGUGGAAAGCCAGCACCUGCUAUCAAAUCUGGCCUGCUUCCUACAAGGACAGCAAUGGCGAUGGAAUCGGUGACAUUCCCGGCAUCAUCAGCACAUUACCCUACCUGAAAGAUCUCGGGGUGGAAACGAUAUGGCUGUCACCCAUGUACGACUCGCCGCAAAAGGACAUGGGCUACGACAUUUCCAACUACGAGGACGUCUAUCCUGCCUACGGUACACUCGCCGACAUGGAUCGGUUGAUCAAGGAGUGCCACGACCGCGGGAUGAAGCUGAUUCUGGACCUGGUCAUCAACCAUACCAGCGACCAGCAUGCCUGGUUCCAGGAAUCGCGCAAAAGCAGGACCAACAAGUACGCCGACUGGUACGUCUGGCGGGAUCCGAAAAUCAUGAACGGCAAGAGACACCCACCGAGCAACUGGCGGUCCAUCUUCGGCGGCAGUGCGUGGGAGUACUGUGAAGAGCGGGACCAGUAUUACCUCCAUCUGUUCGUGAAGGAGCAGCCGGAUUUGAACUGGGAGAACGAGGAAACCCGUAAGGCGAUCUACAAGUCCGCUAUUGAGUUCUGGCUCGAUCGGGGCAUUGACGGAUUCCGCGUGGACGCCUGCAAUUUGUACUCCAAGGACGUAUCGUUCCCUGACGCGGUGACGAAGCUGCAUGGAGAAGAAUUCCAGCCUGCGGAAGAAUAUUACAUUAACGGCCCACGAAUGCACGAAUGGUUCAGAGAGCAACGCCAACAGGUCCUCGACAAAUACGGUGACAUCUUGAUCGUCGGGGAACUACCCGGUACAGAAGCGGCAGAGGUGCUGAAAUACGUCUCCGCUGAGGCGAGAGAGCUGAGCUGUGUCUUCGACUUCGACGUCGUCAUGCUGGGAACUCCCAACGGAGGUGGUGGGAAAAAGCACCAUACCGUCCGACACACUUUGCCGCAGCUCAAAGAGGCUGUCCGCAAGGUGCAGCGUCUGACCGACGGCACGGAUGCCUGGACGACGGUGUUCCUGGAGAACCACGACCAAGGCCGCAGCUUGUCGCGGUUCGCCACGGACAAGCCGCAAUGGCGCGAAAAGGCGGCUAAGAUGCUCGCCGUGUUGAUGUGCACCCUCACGGGCACGCUGUUCAUCUACCAGGGCCAGGAGAUCGGCAUGUACAACCAUCCGGAACACUGGGGCGUGGAGGAGCUCCGGGAUAUCGACUCGCUCAACGCCUAUAACGACGUCAAGACGCGGCACAAGGAUGACCCGCUUUGGCUGCAGAAGGCUAUGAAGGGCCUGCAGCUGGUGGGGAGAGACAACGCCCGCCUGCCCGUGCAAUGGGACGCGUCCGCCAACGCCGGCUUCACGACAGGCAAGCCCUGGAUCCGCGUCCACGACGACUACGAGGCCGUCAACGUCGCCGCGCAGCGCGACAACCCGCACUCGGUCCUAUCCUUCUGGAAGUCCAUGAUCCAGCUGCGCAAGGAGCAGGUCGAGCUCACCGUCUUCGGCCGCGACUUCCAGGUCUGGGACUUCUUCGACCAGGACGUCUUCACCUUCACAAAGACCCACCCGGACGGCGACCGGAAGCUGUUGGUCUUUCUCAACUUCUCCAACGACACCCAGCCUUUGCAUUACCCGCACGACUUGGAGGGUGUGAAGAAGGAGUUGUUGGUCAGUAAUCUCGGCCCGGGGGAGGAGGUCGGCAAGUACCUGAGCCCCUGGGAGGCGAGGGUGUAUUUGGUCAGGGAGACUGUUGUUAAUGGGCAUUGAAGAGAGAAGAUUACACCUAGAACGCAUCGGACAAAGAGGGUCUAUUAAGAGCGAUAAAUUAGCUGGCGUUGAGAUGACAAAAGAUUCACUCGCUGGACUUUGGGCUGGGGCUUUGGCUGGGACAACAUCGUGGAGUGGUACCUCGUAGAGUCAUAAACAUCCGAAACUAAUAGUAUCAAUUUUUGAACGCCA